GCUAAUGGCCUUCCUUGCUUCUCAGAUCGAGAGUGAAGUGAGGUGAGGUGAGGUGAGGUAAGCGAUGGGGCGAGUGAUCCGUGCACAGAGGAAGGGAGCAGGGUCCGUCUUCAAAUCUCACACACACCACCGCAAGGGCCCUGCUCGCUUUCGCAGCCUCGACUUCGGAGAGAGAAAUGGGUAUCUGAAGGGGGUCGUGACGGACAUCAUCCAUGAUCCAGGCCGAGGCGCCCCACUUGCUCGAGUCACCUUUCGUCAUCCCUUUCGGUAUAAGCACCAGAAGGAGCUGUUCGUUGCCGCUGAGGGUAUGUACACUGGUCAGUUCGUCUACUGUGGCAAGAAGGCCACUCUAAUGGUUGGGAACGUCUUGCCUGUCCGAUCCAUUCCCGAAGGUGCUGUAGUUUGCAACGUCGAGCACCACGUUGGUGAUCGAGGUGUCAUAGCUAGGUGUUCUGGCGAUUAUGCCAUCGUCAUCAGUCAUAACCCUGAUAACGAUACGACCAGGAUCAAGCUUCCCUCCGGUGCCAAAAAGAUUGUACCAAGUGGGUGCAGAGCCAUGAUUGGGCAAGUUGCAGGUGGGGGUAGGACUGAGAAACCCAUGCUCAAGGCCGGUAAUGCAUACCACAAAUACAGGGUGAAGAGGAACUGCUGGCCAAAGGUUCGUGGUGUUGCCAUGAAUCCAGUUGAGCAUCCUCAUGGAGGAGGAAACCACCAACACAUUGGGCAUGCAAGUACUGUCCGCCGCGACGCACCUCCUGGACAGAAGGUGGGUCUCAUUGCUGCAAGGAGGACUGGUCGGCUUCGUGGACAAGCUGCUGCCACGGCUUCUAAAGCUGAUAAGACUGCUUAGUGAGU